UUUAAAUCUAUAACUUAACCUUUCCAGUCAUUUGCAUAAUAAUAAUAUCUUGCUUCACAAUAGUGCGAGAAAUACGUUUAACACUUCCCUUAUUAUAACGACCGGGAACACUGCCAUUUCAUGCUGAUUACAGAAAUGAGGCUGUAUUUGUUUCUAGCUGUGACCCUGAUGCCCCUUCUCACGGAGGUGGUAUACGGAGCCGAGAAGAAAAAGCUCCAAAUCGGGAUAAAGAAAAGGGUAGAAAACUGUCCCAUCAAGUCACGGAAGGGGGACGUACUCAACAUGCACUAUACUGGAAAGCUGGAGGAUGGGACUGAAUUUGACAGCAGCAUCCCGAGGAAUCAGCCGUUCACCUUCACCCUGGGGACCGGGCAAGUGAUUAAGGGCUGGGACCAGGGGCUGCUGGGAAUGUGUGAGGGAGAGAAGAGGAAGCUGGUCAUCCCGUCUGAGCUCGGUUAUGGUGACAGAGGUGCACCGCCUAAAAUCCCAGGUGGAGCCACGCUCAUCUUCGAAGUCGAGCUGUUGAGCAUUGAAAGACGAUCUGAUUUAUAAUUGCUGUUAGAUCAGAAGUCCUGACUUCACCUGUACUUUAGUUAGCCAGCCUCUGCUGCUCUGGAAUCAAGGAUUGAUCAUUUUUCUUUCACAGAAAGAAUACAUUUAUACACAAAUACAGAAAAAUGGAUAAUAAAACACGUUCACGAUUAAAGCUUUGUUUUCAGCACCAUUCUUUAUUUUCUUAACAAUCCUGACUACACACACUGGGAUGUGAGAGUGCAUACAGUACAGUAUUUCAUUCCAGCAAACAGGGAUUGUGUUUACGUCUUAUUGUCCGAAACGACUGGAGUUGAAUUGUUAAGUUGAAUAAAAAAAUUAUGUACAAAAAAAAAAGUUGACUUGACUUUCUUUUUUCUUUUGGACCUAUGACGAAUAUACUGCUGUCAAACAUUU